AUGCAUUUUUGGUUUCAGGGUUGUCGAUUCUCCGUGAUUGUUAUCCGAGAACGGGCUGGGCUUGGUCGUGUCUACGAGCCGGAUAGAAACGUGCUGCGAAGGAAAGAAUGGGAAAGGAGAAAUCAGGAGGCCCAGCAGGAAGAUGGUGCGUUUAACACGAGUUACUCCCUCUUCAGUGAACCGUACAAGACUAACAAGGGGGAUGAGCUCUCAAACCGCAUUCAGAAUAUGCUGGGCAACUAUGAUGAAAUGAAAGACUUGUUAACUGACCGAUCAAACCAGAGCCACCUUGUUGGGGUUCCAAAACCUGAGGUUCCUCAGACAUCUCUCCCCAAGACCGAUGAGCAUCUUAUUGCAGACUCGAGACCUCCACCUCCUCCUCCCAUUUCCAGCACUACUUCUUCCACACCAGCAGCCCUACCUGCCCAGCAGGGCAAAAGCGCCACGAUGGGUUGGCAGAAGGCCGGACACAAUGCCACUUUGGAUGGCCAGCAGAGAGCAAGCAAGCACGGGCACCGGUCGCUGGAGUCACACAAGGGUGACUUCAAACUGGCGAACCAAAAAUCCAGUCUGGAGAAACUAAAACGCUAUGCAUCGAGUCCCACCUCUUCUUCCUCCAACACUGCCCAGCAAAGCUCACUGAGGGCCACGCUAGGAGACAACGUCAACAGAGUGCAGCAGCCAGCAAAGCUCAAUUGUAGUUCGGAAGGAGGAGCUCAAGCGCAAGAGAGGCCAGCAAAGCACGGUGGUGGGCACUGCGUCCAAAACUUCCCACCCUCUCUUGCUUCGAAGCCCAGUCUGGUUCAGCAAAAACCAACAGCUUAUGUCAGGCCAAUGGAUGGUCAAGACCAGGCUCCUGAUGAGUCUCCAAAGCUGAAGUUAGCAGCAGAGACGACCAAGUCAUAUAGGGGAGUGCCUUCUAACAAGCCUGAUCCAGCCAGGACCAAGUCAAAGAUAGCCAAGUUCAGCAUUCCUAAGCAAGCAGAGUUUUAUUUCUGGCAUUGUUAAAGGAGAGGAAAAAUCUAAUUUUUAGUGGAGUUCUCUGGCCUCUUAAUGCCUGUUUUUCAGAAAUGGAAUUGACUGUUGUAUUCCCCCUUCGGUUCAGUUUGGGAAAGAAAUCUCUCUGGAAGCAAUUACUCCUCUCGGCUCUUUUAGGCAUUAUACCCAUGUGGUUUUUCUCUAAGUUAAAGUUCCAUCAGUUCCAAACAACACGUAGGUGAUAUGUUGUUUCUGAAAAAGGGUUGUUUUAGACUCUUAAGCCAGAUUUUAUAAGCAAAUUUAGCAUUCACAAACUGCUAUAAUUGUUCAGAUAGAUCAGGUAAUGGCAGAUACUAAUUUCCAUUUAGCUAUUAUUACCUCUUUCAGACUUGUGCUUCUAUCUGCAAGUAGGAAGUAUUGCUAGAAUUAAAGAUGCCUGUGGCAGUUGUCUGAAUAUUUCAAAUUUUCUCCCUUUACAUGUAUGCAAUACUCUAAGGACUAGUUUGGAAAGGAGUUUUGAUAGUCAAUCAUUUGUUUGUCUGAAAUUCAGGAUUUACCAUUUGCAUUCCAAAUUCGCCUACCUCAGGAAAUAAAGAUUUCAUUUGUUGUACAUAAUCCA